CUCUCCAUGUGGAUCUUGGACUCGGCUGGAGAUUUUCUGAGCGGGAAGCGGUUAUGGCUGCGUCCCGGGAAGCAGUAUCUCUUUGGGCGCAUCCUGAUGGAUGACGUUCGUCAUGUCAUUCCUAACAAAUCGAUCUCUCGGAAGCAUAUGCUUAUCGAAGUGUCCAACGUUGAACCCCGCGAUGGAACCCGGACACACGCGAGGACAAAAAUCUCAAUUACAGACCUUGAUUCCAGUCGAGGUACUGUGGUGAAUGGCGAAAGGAUAAAAGGAAAGCAUGUACUUUCAGGAGACGACCACAGUAUCAUGCUUGGGCACUAUCCACAUGCCUUACGAAUCAAAUGGCAGCCAGUAGUUCUCAGCUUCUCGUUUUCAUCCAAGGAGAUGAGAGUGGAAGACCCUUUGGCCAAAGUCCGCGCUCGUCUCGAGAGCCUCGACAUUAAAACCAUUAUCCCCUACCUAGUCGGUCAAACCACACACGUCGUGCAGAGCAAACGAAAUACGGCGAAGGGCCUCCAGGCUCUAAUCAACGGCAAAUACAUCGUUCAGAACUCCUAUAUUGACGCGCUUGUCUAUGCGACUACUCCCAGCGACUUUGAGAACGAUGCUUCCGCGUCUCCGCUGGAGCUUGAUUUCGACUCAGCCUGGCCCGACGAAACGGAAUACCUCCCACCCGCGGGUAAUGAGCCGAUCAGCCGUCCUGCAGCAGCAUUUGCACCUAAUCCGUCGCGUCUGAAUGUCUUUGAAGGGUAUACGUUUGUGUUCGGAGACCCUUCCCAGUUCGAGAACUUGCAAGCGGCAAUCAACAAUGGGCAGGGCAAGGCUCUUCUCUACCAAAUUAAAGAUGGGGAAACUACGGCGGAAGAAAUUGUACAAUUCAUGAGGUCGGCUGCUGGUCACAAGGGCGUCGGUGCCGAGAGGGAGGAAGCGGGCGGUGUUGUGCUUGUCCGGUUCCGUUCCAAAGGACAAUUUGAGCCGUGGUCUAUCGAGCUGGGUAAUGAGGUUGCCUUAAUGACAGACCAGCGGGUCAUCGAGCAACGUGAGUUCUUGGGUGCCAUUCUGGGCAAUGACGCCUCCCCGCUUUGUCGUCCGCUUCCUCGCGAGGAAGGAGGAAGCCAGACCUCUUCUCCAGCAGCACCAGAAGAGCCGCGGAGGAAGCCCUCUACCAAUCAGCCUCUCUCGCUAUCUCCGCCUUCUGAAGAAACAGCCCCAGUCAUGACCCAGAAGCCUGCUCCACGGGCACGCAAGUAUGUAAGCAAGAUGAAGACUUUUGACGACGGGUUUAAUAUGGAAUCCGUCCCUGUUUAUACACCUGAAGACGAUGGCCAAGACAUACCCGCUAGUCAAGCCAUGGACUUGGAGCCUAUACAACCCGAUGAACCCAGUCAAGCCGUGACCACGGUGGAAGAGCAGGAAGAGAAUGAUGCUGUCGCAGACUUACUACCUGGCGCGAGAGCAAUGAAGCGCCGCCGUGCGGAAAUGGGCGAAGACCGGCAAGGAAGCGUUGGCGCGCGCGUGAAAACGGAAGCCGCUCCAAAGCCGAAACGCGCGAAGCUGGAUGUCAGAGAAGCUGCACGAAAACACCGCCAAGAAGAGGAGGAGGAGCAACAGCGACAGGCUGAGGUAGAUCGCCAUCUUUCUCAGGAUGUGGAUGUUGAACAAUUAAGGAAUCUUGCCAUCGUGGAAGAGAUGGAAAUCCCCGUGCGGGAGCCCGUUGUACGAGAGCACGAAAGCUCCGAUCGAUGGGACGAUCGGUGGAAUGGCCGCAAGAAUUUCAAACGAUUCCGACGCAAGGGUGAAUCACAACAUACUCGCCAACGCCUUCAGAGUGUGAUCGUUCCACUUGAAGAGGUAACUCGCAAGGAUUUUGGCAUCGGAGAACACUAUUGGGUUAGCACGAACAAGACUCCCGAGGUGAGCCAGAGUACCGAUCUUGACGACCGACAACUCCGACAAUCCUCAAUGCGCGAGGAUCGCGCCCCAUCUCGUUCCGAGGUGUCGGUUCGGCCUUCCGAGACUCCAGAUCCGACCCCCGAAUCGCAAUCAGCACCAUCUCGUAGUCGCAGUCAGAAGCGGCCACGAGAGACUCGGGAUUCGGACAGUGAUGAAGAGCCCCGGUUCAGAUUCAGACGCAAACGCUAGCAUACAAGAUUGAAAGCUUUCGCACCGCACUCAAUGCUGCUACGUGGCUUUUGUAUUAUGUCGCAUCUAUACCCUCGUCAAUAUCAAUAUCCAUCACUAUUGAACUUUUUUGUGGAAUUCCUCUCUGCCGAAUCUAGUCGUAAUCUAACGUCUCGGAUCUAGAAACUAGGAAAUCAUUCAAUCAGAU